AUGGGUUCAAUUGUUGCUAAACUUCUUCUGCCAGUAAUAAGCAGUCUUGCUCUCCUUCCAGUCAUCAGCAUUGCAGCAAAGAGAAGGUUUCAUAUGGAAGCAAUGGUUUACUUUUUUACAAUGUUCUUUGUUGCGUUCCACCACGCAUGUGAUGGGUCUGGACUGGCAAUUCUUUGCUUCAUGAAAACUGAUCUUCUGCAGUAUUUCAGCGUGUAUGGAACAGCUUUGUCCAUGUGGGUUUCUUUAAUGGCCCUGGCUGAGUUUGAAGAACCACUGAGGUCAUCAUUCAUGAUGUUUGGAGUUCUUACUAUAGCUGUGAGGAUAUAUCAGAAUCGUUCUGGGUAUGGAAUUUAUUCUGGACCAAUAGGAACUGCAGUCCUCAUAAUAACAGUCAAAUGGCUAAAGAAGAUGAAAGAAAAGAAGGGCCUCUAUCCUGAUAAAAGUGUCUACAUACAACAAAUUGGACCUGGCUUUUGUUUUGGUGCAUUGGCACUGAUGCUGCGGUUUUAUUUCCAGGACUGGGAUUACACCUACGUACACAGUUUCUACCACUGUUCUUUAGCUAUGUCCUUUGUGCUGCUGCUUCCAAAAGUGAACAAGUGGGCAGGAAAUGGAGGCAACCCCGCAAAACUGGACUGCCACACUCUGUGCUGCUGCCUUUAACAUGUGCAUACAAAAAUAAUGUGUAAAUAAAAAAUAAUGUAAGAUUUCUCCCACAGUAAAACAUACUGCUUGCUAAGCAAAACUGAAAGUGUAGUUUACAUUUAACAUUGCACCAGUUUAUCAACUAUUGUUUCCACAUGCACCAACAUGAGAAGCAUCAGGAAUACAUUGUUUUUCUCUUGUAGAAUAGAGUGUGCAGCUUUCCAUUUUUAUGGACCAGUAUUCCCAGAAUAGUAUACUUGGGCACAAAUUGCAGUGUUUUGAUGUAUUUUUCAAGUUUGAGUAACAUUGUUCUGUAUGUUUAAUUGUUUUGUCAUAAAGCAUUACAUUUUACUAUAAGAUGUUUUAGUGCCUGAUGCUGUAAUAUAAAAUUGUUACUAGAUACAAAUCAUGAGGCUAUUUAUAAAUAAUACCUUUCUACUUAACCUGAGUAUGUGACCAUAAUUAAACAUGUAGCAUGUAUUCCAUAUUUUAAAACAAUCUCUUAAUUCCAAAGCCUAUUAGUAAGUCUUAAUACUGUUUUAGACCUCCAGAGGCUGUGCCACAGUAAUUAUGUUUACAUUAAGUACUACUCACUGGUGCAUACCGUAAUGUAUACCUUUAAAAAUAUGACAUUUGUAACAUGCAUCCACAAUGCAACACACUGCUGUUUUCUGUUUGUUUAAAAUUUUACUUUUUUGUUACAUGCCUUUGUCUUCAUUUAGUUUUCAAACUAACCCUUAUCAGAAUUUUGUAUCUAGACUUCUGUAGCUUAACUUAUAUGCUAUUGUAAACAAAACCAUCUUAUGUAAUGCACUAUUCAAUCAGAAUUCUGAAUGGAAAAUCUGUAGAGAAGUUGACAUACAGUGCAAUGAUUUUAGGAGUUGCAGGUCAUGCAGUUUAACAACAUAGUUAUGUCUCUAGCUGAAAUUAAUUUGUUUAUAGUUACCCCUCUA